AUGAAGCAGUGGGAAAAAGAGGAAGAAAACCCACAGAGAUGCCGCCGAAGAAUACGGAAUGAGUCGCCGGUGGGUGUGUCCGAUGUGAGGCGUCCUUUGCCCAUACCGCUGACUACUGCCCUUCUAUCCUCAAAGCUGCGGCGUGAGCUGCAGCGCAUUUGGGAUGUCACAAGGGCCCCUGGCAAACUUGAACACGAGGAUCAUGCUGACGAUAGCCACACGGAGGAGGAAGUGGUGGUUGAUGUGCCUCCCUUCAAAGUUGGAACAAUGGAAAUGUACAGGCGAUUUCCAAAGCAGUACGACAUCUUUAUGCGUCGUCAUGAUUGCCAGGCGGUGCACGAGUACCUGGACAGCAUCCUGUUGAGUUUACAGCAAACCUCAGCCACGCCAAGUGAUGGAGGGAACUGUUUAGCUGCCGAGGGUAAGAUGUGCUUUGUGCGUGUGGCAGACUUUGGUUGCGGCACAGGGCGCAUUGCAAGUAUGGUUAGUCGGCAUCCUGCCGUCGGUGCGGUGUAUUGUUAUGAUAUUGCGACGCCGAUGUUGCGAGAAUGCUUGAUCAAUGUUGUGUGUUCAGUUGCUGAAUCGCGACAAGAGAUACGCGGGGUCUGUAUAUGCCCUAGUGCUUCUGCUUGUGUUGAUGGUAAUAAUGAUAAUAAUAAUAAUAACGCCUUGGAAACGACAGCUGCUGCUGCUGCUGAAGUGUGUGUGGGCAAUGACGGUGUGACUGAGAAUUCGGAUGGCGUCAUGCUGCUGUGCGCGCGUCCUGUCAGUUUUGGGGAUGUGCAACAGGGGUUUCUCACCACUCACACGCCCUGCCAUCUUGUCGUAUGUGCGUGGUCACUUUCCUACGUGAUGCGUGCACAAUGGGGCGAUGACCGCUGGCACGCGGCCAUCGAUGCAACAGUCGCCGCUCUUAUUGGGCUUCUUGACACCUCAGGUCCAGCCGCGCUCGUCAUCAUUGAGACACUUGGAACAGACACGACGGAGCCGCGGCGGAACAAUACUCUCUUGCAGCGUCUUGAAUCAGAACAUGGAUUUGAGCGGCGGUGGGUGCGCACGGAUUAUAAUUUUUGUGAUGUGGCGGAGGCGGUGCGUCUCACACGCUUUUUCUUUGGCGACUCGAUGGCACGUCGAAUGGCGGAGGAGAAACGCACCGCAUUGCCAGAGUGUACCGGUAUCUGGACCCUCUGGAGAAGGUGA